AUGUCCCCGCAAAGCCCAAUAACGGCUGCUACUGCCGUCACAAACACCAAGGCUUCCACGCUCCAUCCUCUGGUGCAUCUGCAUGUCCGGGCGGCACCAGCAAUGUUGACGAACAACAUCAGUGUCGCGAACGAAAGCAUCCUCGCCAUCCAUGUCAACCGCGCAGUCUCCAUAUGCCCGGUCGUCUCCUGGUCCUUCUCCUCGCGAGAUGUACUCGCUGCGACGAUCCUGGCCAGUGGGAAGAAUGGCCAUUGGCUUCACGCCUCUCGUAGCGCUUCUCCGCCGCCCCCCUGUCUCUCUUCAGCAACGGGUCAGCUGACACUAUCCUCCGAUCAGCUUCGCAUAUCGCCACUCCACUCGUCCAUGCUCGCCACGACCGCCAACGCCAACUCCAACACCUGCUUUCCCAAUUCUAUGCAACAUGAUCUCAAGUACCGCCUUGUGGGCACAAGCUUAGCUAACGCCAAUAGUCCCUGGACUCGCUCAGUGAUUGCCCUCCAACUCGCCUUCGAAGAACUGAAGAGAGCUACGGAAGCUCGGCUUCAGAAGGAUCGAACAGGGACGCCGCUUCAUUAUCGGAGCUAUCUUCAGUUCUUCGUAGGCGAGUCGGAGGGCGAUCACCGAGCGAGUCCAGGGACUAUUGGCGUCAGCUAA